GCCACAGGCUGCAGAGGGGCCUCCUUCCACUGUUCCACUCCGUCUUCUGCUUCCAGGGACCCAGGUAUCCGGAUCCCCCAGUGCCCGCCUCCCUAAGGACCCAGGCAUCCGGAUCCCCCAGUGCCCGCCUCCCUAAGGACCCAGGUAUCCGGAUCCCCCAGUGCCCGCCUCCCUAAGGACCCAGGGCGCCUGGACUGGGGCCACCAUGAGCAGCCCCGCAGGGCCCGCUGCAGCCCCCAAGCCCAGCGCCAAGUCCAUCUAUGAGCAAAGGAAGAGGUACUCCACGGUGGUCAUGGCAGACGUGUCCCAGUACGCCGUCGAGCACCUGGUGACCUUCUGCUUGGGGGAGGAGGACGGGGUCCACACCGUGGAGGACGCCUCCAGGAAGCUCUCGGCCAUGGACGCCCAGGGGCGCAUCUGGGCCCAGGAGAUGCUGCUCCAGGUGUCCACCGGCCACGUCAAGCUGCUGGACGUGGACUCCAAGGAGGAGCUGGAGUCCUACGCCCUGCCCUCCAUCCUUCGCUGCGAGACCGUGCUCCCCCCGGGCCAGACCCACUCGCUGCUCCUCCUGGUGUGCCAGGAGCCCGAGCGGCCCCAGCCCGACGUCCACUACUUCCAGGGCCUCCGGGUCGGGGCGGAGCUGAUCCGGGAGGACAUCCACGGGGCCUUGCAAGCCCAGCGCUCGGGCAGCGGGGAUCGGCGGGCGGCCGCCCUCAGGGCCACGCAGGAGGAGCUGAGCCGCGCGCCCAGCCCCGGGCCCCGGGACGCCCCCUUCCAACGCCGGCCUUCCACUGCGGCUGCACUCCUGGAGUUGCCUUACCCCUGGGGCCAGUCCAGGCACGAAGCUGCCAGCCGCGGGGCCAAAGCCGGCCAGUGGCGCGAGGGGCGGGGAGGUGCCCAGAGGCCGGCCCUGGACCUGGCCAGUGUGGAGGCGGAGCGCAACGUGGACAUCCUGAACCACAUCCUGGAUGAUGUCGAGAGCUUCGUGGCCAAACUGCAGAAGUUGGUGUUUGAGGCCUCAGUCCCACACUGGGAGCAAAAGGGCUGGAGGGUCUAUGGAGGGGCCAGGGAGGGGCUCCUGACCCUUCGGGCCAAGCCCCCCACGGAGGAGGAGUACACCGACAUCCUGCGCAAGAUCAAGUACUCCUUCAGCCUGCUGGCCCGCCUCCGAGCCAACAUCACGGACCCCUCGGCCCCCGAGCUGCUGCACUUCCUGCUGGGCCCGCUGCAGAUGGUGGUGGAUACGUCGGGCGGCCCCGGCCUGGCGCGGGCCGUGCAGCAGCCCCGUCUGACCGCCGAGGCCGUGGCGCUGCUGAGAGAGACUCUGACCCCCCGAGAGGCGGAGCUCUGGACUUCCCUGGGAGACGCGUGGACCAAAGCCCGGCUUGAGCUCCCGCCGGAGGACGGCGCCCCCUACAGCCCGGCCUUCUACAGCGGCUGGGAGCCCGCCCCCCAGGCCCCCGGGGGCCAGCCCUGGGAGGACCCCGUGGAGGGGCAGCACCGCCAUGAGAGGUUGCAGUGAGGUCAAUCGGCCCCGCAGGUCGAGGUCAAUGGUGAUCACACAGAGCCAGACUCCGAGGCGGAGCCCGAGGCCCAGGCGGAGCCCGGGGCGGGGGUCCCGGGGAAGUGGGUUCUCUGUAACUACGACUUCGAGGCCCGGAACGGCAGCGAGCUCUCUGUCCAUCGAGGGGACCUCCUGGAGGUCCUGGACGAUGCCCGGAAAUGGUGGAAGGUUCGGGACCUUCAGGGACAGCAGGGUUACGUCCCCUACAACAUUCUCACCCCUCACCCCGGGCCCCGGAGCCGAAAAGCCAGCCCUGCCGGGGCCCUGGAACAGAGGACCCCGCCCCCGCCCCCAGCCCCAGCCCCUCCCAGGCCCCGCUGGGGCAGCACAGACAGCCUGGACUUGGACGCUGGGGAGAAGGAAAAGUUCGCCCACAUGUUGAGCGUCAACGAGGAGCUGCAGGCUCGGCUGGCGCAGGGUCCCCGGAAUUCCAGCCGCUGCUUCCUGGCCCCGCCUGCUGGCCCUCGAUUACCAGCCCCUGCCUCCCUGCCCCAGGUCCGAGCCUGGCUGCAGGCCAAGGCUUCUGGGACCGUGAGUGCUCUGGGGGUCCUAACGGGCGCCCAGCUCUUCUCUCUAAAGAAGGACGAGCUGCAGGCAGUGAGCCCAGAGGAGGGGGCCCGGGUCUACAGCCAAGUCACCGUGCACCGAGCGAUGCUGGAGGAAUCGGAGAAGCUGUCGGAGCUCCAGGCAGUGAUGGAGAAGCAGAAACGGAAGGUGGAGGGGAACACGGACGAGGACGCGCCGUGA